AGUUGGCGCCAGCUCCCACAGAUAAAGACACUCCUGGCCAGCUGACCAUCCAGCUCCGGCCAGCCCCAGCCCAGGGGCCCACACGGGAGCUGCUUCCCUGCGCGGUGGGCAGCACCCAUCCCGGCAGGGUGACAUGACGCAGAGAGAAGCCAGGGCUUCUCCCAGGAUGCCUGGCCUGGGCGGCCCCGGCGGACCUGGGCUGGCGCUGGGCACUGACAGGAAGCGGGGCCGCCUGAUGAAGGCCAAGCAGGGACUGUGGGGGGAGACUAGCUGGGGCAGCCAGAGAUGGAUCAGACCGGGCCCCGCCAUCCAUAAUCCCAGGGCCAGGAGCUUGGCCGUUGGCAGGGGCGAGUCCAGCCCAGAGAAUGCAGCCCGGGAGCGGAGUAGAGUAAGGACUCUGCGCCAGGCCUUUCUGGCUCUGCAAGCAGCAUUACCGGCAGUGCCCCCGGACACGAAGCUCUCGAAACUGGAUGUCCUCGUCCUGGCCACGAGCUACAUAGCCCACCUCACCCAAGCGCUGGGCCAGGAGCUGCCGGGGGCAGCCUGGCCCCCCUUCCUGCGUGGGCUCCGCUACCUGCACCCUCUCAAGAAAUGGCCAAUGAGAUCUCGCCUCUAUGCUGGAGCCUUGGGGCCAUCUGGCCUUGACCCUCCUACUACCAGUGCUCCUGGCCAGAGAAUGUGGGAAUCAGCAAUCAGCCCCCAAGUCCCUGGAGAGGUGGAAUUCAUUCCUCCCAAGCCAGUCUCACCAACUCGCAGCGGCAAAUAAUUUCAUUUGUUUUCCCUGUGCUUGGCCCCUUAACUUAGUGAAAGGGCCAACUCCCUCAAUCUGGCCUUACUUAUUAUCCCUUCUAUGACUUUCUAGCCUACCAGGUCCAUUUCAGAGUCUGCUUUCAGAAUUCCCCGGUACAUACACAUUCCUUAUGAAGUUGGGGCUUAGGGAGUGAGCAGGGAGGGGGAUUUUUUGGCUUAAGGGGCAACAGGGCAGUUGAAGGCAGAAGUACUGGGACUUGGCUCUGAAAUAUAGCUUCAGAGGGACUCAGUUCCCAUUGUUGGGAUUGACAGCUUUGGAUGUUUAUUAUCAUGUUGGAGAGAUGGAAUCUUCAAAAACAUCUCUCCCUCUUGUCUUCUUUGUGAAGAUCUUAAUUCUUUGCAACCUGAGAAUAGCCAAGGGCAAAGAUGGAGAGGACUUGGAUGGCAGGUGUAGCAAGACAUUCAGCUCCAAUGAGAAUUAAGGAAAGGAGGCUGUUCAAUGCAUCUUAGCCAAGUUCAAAACUGUAAUAAGAACUAAGCACCAAUUUUGACCCAAGGACCAAAGAAGCAUCACUGGAAUGAUGGAAGAGUGUACUAUAGUUGGUUCUAAUGUAAACCAAAUUGAAGGUGACCAGAUAGAUAGCCCUCAUUAGCAGGACAUUCACAAAUUCUUACUUCUUACUCUUCCAGAUAUAGGCCCUAAAUGUCCAUUUUUGUCCUUUACUGAACUCUGCCACUUUCCUUCUCCAUUCCUUUUCCUUCCUCUGCAAAUCAAAUUUACAUGUAAACAAAUCCUCAGCUCUUACAUUUCCAAUUUCCCAGCUGCGUUGUCUAUCUACUUCAGUAUUACUAGAUCCUAAACCCCAAACUAGAAGGGCCCUCAGGGACCAUCUAGUCUAACACAUUUUUAAGAGUUGAGGAAAUUAAGUUCCAGGGAGGUUGUGACUGCCUAAAGUCGCAUGCAUCUGAGGUAGGACUUGAAUCCUACAAAUCUCUGUCAAGUGAUUCUAGAACCAGUGCACUUGCCAACCACAUUAGGCCUCUCUCUAACAGGACAAAUGUUACUCUGCAGGUUCAUCCUGACCUGCACUGGUGGUCACUACAACCAAGAAGUUCUCUCCCUGUAAAGUAACAUGAAACGGAGCCCAAAGCACAUUUGGAGGCAGUAUUAUUCUCAGGAUCAGCCCUCAGCCCAAAACCUUCUAAGGGUCUGAUGGGGCAUAGGGAUGGAAGAGAGAUUUUAGUCUCCUCCAAACUGGUCCUUACAUAGAAGCUGUUACAGAGGUAUGGGAACAUUAAGGAACAUUUAUUUCAAUACUUAAGACCAAAGAGGCCAUAGACCUGAAUUCUAAGAUGAAGGUACAAAUUUAGGGGUCAGGGGCACAGAGAAGAAUGAGGCUGGAGGAGAAAGAUCAGAUUAUUGAGGUGGGGUAAAAGAGGAAACAGGGAGAGUUUGAGCUCUGGGGCUGCCCAGGAUGUGGAGGAGCAGUUGAGACAUGGCUGGAAGCCAUGAGAAGGAGGCCUCAGCCAAGGCUAAACUCAUAAAUCUGCUUAGGACCAGGCUAUGGGGAGCUUGGAUGGAGUUGCUUCUCAGGCAGCUGCACUGGGGGUGGGAGGGAAUUGGGGGCUGUGGAGUGUCCAGGUGUGGGAGGAGGGUGUGAGCACAGUGUUCCUCACUCCAAGACCAUAAAAGUCCAGCUCAAAUAUUCUAUUUUUAAAAGUUGAAUAGCUACAUCUUCUUCAUUAGGCCAAGAUGGCCUGGGCUGGGGAGAAUGAGGGGGGAGGAUUUUGAAGGGGGAGAAAGUUUGGCAAUGCACACUCCAGGGAUGAAGGACAGGGGAGCAAUCUUUCCAGGGAAUAACAGAAGGGUUAGAAUUAGCUAGCUUAGUUUGGGGUGGGGAAGUCUCUUCAACUGCCUAUUUCUCCCUUAACCUUCUCAGUAAAUAUAUCUAUCUGCUUCAAGUCUCAA